AUGCUGGUGCUAAGCUACUUGAUGCCCACCCAGUGCUGGCCCAUAGCGGAACUGAAGAGGCUGGGCAGAGAAGCAAGAAAGGUUAUCGUUGAGAAUGGGGACAACCACCCUCUUGGGUCUACAGCCCUAGUAUAUCUACCGAGGGGGCUUGGGGGCCGUGGGCUGAAGAGUGUUGAACGAGAGUACAAGCAAGCUAAGGUUAAGGCUGCAGUAAGACUCUAUACUAAUGAUGAUCCUGCUAUGGAGGUAGUAAGGCGGUUUGAGGAGAGAUCAGAAGAGAUGGGUCAGCAAUCAGUGGUGAAGGAUGCCAAGAGAUAUGCAUCUGAGUUUGGGCUCAAUCUAUCUCUGGUACAUCCCGAACCAUUGGUCACAUGUCUAACGAACGAUUUGAAAGUACCUGUGAAGAAGAUUGGGAUGUGGUUGAAGACUGCUGUCAAGGAAAGGGAUGUUGAGGAACUGAAAGCAGAGGGAUGGCAAGGACGUUUGUUAACUGAGAGGUGGGAGGAUCAAGAAAUUGGAGAUNAU